AUGGUGGACCGCAUUCAUUGGGUUCGCAUGGGUCCUCAGGAGUAUCGCUUAACAUGGGACAUCCAAAACGUUGAUAUGGAUGUCAACCGACUCUCACUAUCUGCAAUACCAACCGAUCUUGGUGACCAGCCGUAUGAGGGCACUGCGAAUUUCUUAGACGGACGGAUGAACCUUGAGCGGAUUCUACCGAAUAAAUGGUACAGCGUUCGCUUGGAAGCAUCGAAAGACCAGACUACCAUUUGGUCCUUCCUUGGAUCAGUAAAAUCUCUGCCUACAGAAGUGACGAUGACAAAUGUGGAGGACUUAAAUAAGCCUACUGUUUCAAACCACUUCCUUUGGUUGUACGUGAACCCCCAGACUUAUCAUCUACGUUGGGACAUCAAAGGUCUAGCCAAGUACAACAUGGACACAAUUACUAUAAAGUUAAAGAGAGCUGACGAUACUGGUGUGCCAAUUGAGAAGUCGGAGAAAUUCCAGCUCGGAGUAACCACUCUGGAGGACCUGGACUCUGACACAUUAUACAAUCUCGUUGUAAAAGCGACCGCCAACAGCAAUGAUAUAUGGACGUUCGACGCUAAAAUCAAAACCUUACCCACAGAAAUGAUAAUGACAGAAGUCGUAACCAUCAAAGCAACCGCUCUGCCGCACCACGUUAGUGUGGUUAAAUUGGACUCGACUACCUAUCAAAUAAAGGGGAACUUUGAGAGCCUGGCUGUACUCAAUGCUGAUCGAAUGGCUGUAACUGCAGAAGCAGUUGAUGCACCUGAAUCUGUUAUUACGAAAUCUGAGCGUCUUGCAGUAAAAGAAACCAAUCUUGAGGGACUCCGUCCCGACACUCUGUACAAUGUGCUUCUGGAGGCGUUCGCAGGUGAAGUCAAAGCCUGGUCUUACGCCACAACAUUCAAAACUUCGACCACUGCCAAAAAUUUCAGUAGGAUCUGGAGAGUGGCGGACAUUUUCUUCUUGUUUCCGCAAAGUGGUUGCAACUCCAUCUACAUCAUAAUCACCGGUGACAUGAAGGCCAACGCAGAGGCCAACAAUAAGUCUCCAACUUCCACCAAAUUUAUGAUUCCUUCUUUAAGACAACACCUUAGGUUCUCUCACAAACGUGUGCUCCUACAACGGACAAUGCAGAGUUGUGUAGAGAAGAAGAGUGGAUCAGCAAGUGGACAACGCAUGCACCCACCCACGAAGAUGGAGGACAGAGCGAUGGUCCACCUGUUGGACACCAGAGACGGCGUGCUUUCACCCACUGCUGGUGAGUGUGGUGGUGCCACCUACCUCCUCACUUCCCUUCAUCCUCCACUCCCUCACUUCUCUCGAAUUUUCAGCUGCCUCACUCAGUAG